AACCUAGCCUAGCGACGUGUUUCGUGCUAAAAAAUUUAUGCCUAAAACAUUAUAGAAGUUUAUUUUUGUUGUAUAAUUGGUGAUUACUUACUUACUUGAAUACUCGAUUUGUAAUCAUUCUAAUAACUUACCAUCCGUUAAUGUAAGUCUAUAUAAAUUAUAGAGAUAAUUGAAAACAGGAUUUUUAAAUAGAUACCUGUACCCUCCUACCUAUAGGCUAAGAAAUCUUUUCAAGUUCUUUACUCAUGUGAGUUGAUAUAAGCUGAGAUUUCUACGGUACCGAAAAUGUACGACGAAAGUAUAGAUGUAAGCAAUGCAGAAGAAGUUCGAAGUCCGACGCCAGAAAGUUUGGACAGCAAUUUUGACAAAAAGCAUGAUGAUAACAAUGAGGCGCUAUUGAGUAAGGACAGAGCAAAGGUGGCAAUGACCCGGCCCCUGUCAGCUGUGAGCCGAGGUGGUGAGAGGGGAGGACGGCGCACCACCGAUCUUGACUCGGAUCUGUCUCACUCUGAGGAUGAUGACGACGAUGACGAUGAUGAGGAUGAUGAUGACGUCAGAGUACCCAUUUUUGAAGGAACUUAUGAUCCUCGAGAGUAUGAACAUUUGGCCGUAUCGGCAGACGUGAAAGACGUGUUCAAAUUUAUUACUUGCUACACACCACAGAACGUGGAACUAGAGUACAAGCUGAAGCCGUUUGUUCCGGACUUCAUCCCGGCGGUGGGCGACAUAGACGCGUUCAUCAAAGUGAGCCGGCCGGAUGGCGUGGGAGGCGACGAUGUCGGUCUACGCGUAUUGGACGAGCCCUGCGCCAAUCAGAGUGAGCCGGCCGUGCUGUAUCUACAACUGCGGGCCGGCACUAAGCAGACCUCUGCUAAACCUGUUGUUGUGAAGAAAGUUGAAGACGCGGAGAAAAAUCCAAAGGCAAUCGACCGAUGGAUACGGGAUAUCAGUGAAUUGCACAAGAGUAAACCAGCACCCAACGUUCAUUACACAAAGCCUAUGCCAGAUGUGGAUAACUUAAUGCAAGAAUGGCCCGCAGACUUCGAGGAGCGUCUUAAUCAAAUUGGGCUGCCAAUCGGAGAUCUGGACUGCGAUCUGUUAACUUAUAUCGAUAUAGUUUGCUAUUUCAAGAAACAGAGAAAUUAUAAAAUAAACAUUCAAAUGUCUGGAGAAUUAAAAGAACAGCGUUCUAAUCGGUUCAUUCCACUCAACAACCUUCAUCCAAUCCUCAAAGAUCUUUAUUCAAGUUCUAGUCAUUCAUCUGAGUUUGACAUCACAAGCGGUUAUUUGAAUAAUGAACCAGGCACUGAAGAAGCAAUUGGGUUUGAAGAAGAAGAGCUCCAGCAAGUGGAUUACGUUGAAGGUCGUCAUUUUCCAAGAUAUUACAAUAAACGCAGAAGGAAGAAUCUGAAUGUGACUGCCAAUAAGCUGGUAGAGGAAGUGAUCAGGCUUGCAGUUGAAAGGUUGAAUACGGAUGCCGCUAACAGCGAGGUGGAGGAGUAUUUCGAUGCGGAAGAAAGUACAGGACAGGAUGCGCCUGGUAACCCGCAGGUCAAUUUCAAUCUGCGACCUAGUGUGGAAGUAGUGAGCAUUUCCUCGCAGACUGACCUCAUUGUAGAUCCCAAUGAAGAUUUGGAGGUCAUCGAUGCCGAUGACAAUCAUUCUUCUUCCAACGAGGAAUCAAGCCAACAAGGAGGAACUGGAGAUACGAUUAGAAAUGAGAAAUAUUGCAGAGUUACAACUCAGUGUGAACGAUGUGAGGUCUACAUGUUGAACUGUUACAAGUUCCAAUGCAAAUGCGAGAACCUGACGAUUUACUCAGAAACAUUGGAGAAAAAAGUUGAAGAAUAUGUUAAUCUCCUGAAUAACUACAAUACCAGACUGAUGACAUCUCGGCUACUAAUAAAACAAUCGAAUGGGAAGCAGAAUGAACUUAUGAUGAGAUGCGAUGAACUCCAAGAAAAGAUAAGACUUCAUCAAGCGUUGAAGGAAAUAGAACACAGAAAAAAGAAAGAAAUGAAAAAGAAGUACUAUAUCAAUAAAUUCAAUAAAGACUUCUAUGAACUGAAACACAAAGUAUCAAUUGGAGAGUCAGAAUUAGAAGUUGUUAAGGACAUUGUCGACGAUGAUAAAAUGAAAGAUAUUUUCGAUAAGUACAAGCAGAUUGAUGGAAUAGAUUGGGAACGAUUGUCACCUGAAGAACUUGCUGCGGCUCUUGAGGAUUUGGAAUAUUUGGAAAUAACUGGAAUCAAAAGUCCGAAAGUUGAAAGCUCUGCUCUCAUUGGUGGCAAACUGUCGGAGCCUUCUGAAUCAGCAAUUUAUGAAGCAUUAAACGUCUACGAGGAUCUUCUCAACGGAGUGUUGAGCAGAGAUGAAAUGAAUGAGACAUUUGAAAAAUAUAAAUCAUUAGACAGUAUAGACUGGUCAAAUUUGUCCCCUGAUAGGCUUCGGAUGACCUUGAAAGACCUUCGUGAUUUGGAACUUACUGAGCGUAUUCGUAUCUUUAGUGGAAGUGAAUCAGAGCAAGAAAUUUAUAGUGAAGACUAUCAAGAGGUUGAUGAGGGUAUUAUCAGCAAGGAUGAAUCAAUUGGAGAAAAAACAAGAGCUUAUUCAUUUGAGCAAGGUCGUUCAGAAAAGUUGAUAGCAGGUGGUAGUAAGGCGUUGGGAACAGAAAAGACAGAUAGUGGAGUUUCUAUGGCUAUAAAAGAGAGAAAACUACCUUCAGAUUAUAAAAAUGCAAUUGUUGAAGAAAAAACCAAGUCUGAUACAGAGCUUCCAAAAUCUACAGCUGAGACAAGAGAUACUGAUGUUUUGAAAAAGCGUGGACUGGUUGAUGAAGUGAAACUGAGUGAAAUCAAGAGUGAGGAACAUGGCAAGGAUUGGGAGUUGCAUGCUGGUGCUGGCAAAUCUGACAAACUUUCUGCUAAGAGUGGUAGAAUUCCAGCAGAAGGAAUAGUGAUGACUGAUGUUUCCAAGGAUGACGGAGCUGUGAAGGAUGAUGAACAAAGAGACAGGGAGAAGUUGGGAGAAGCUGACUUGUACACAAAGCGGGAGGAUGUUGAAAAGCCACCAUUUGAUAGGACAAAGAAGGAGAUUAUGAAAACAGAAGAAUCAAAAGAGCCUGAGAAAACGACUUUAAAAGAAUCUGAAAGAGCAAGAGGUGAAGAGCUUGAAGAACUAAAAAUGAUUAAGAAAUUGGAAGAAGAUGAUAAACAUGUUCCACCUAUAAAAACAGACGUCUCAAAGAAAGUUGAUGAUGGAUCAGUUGGACUAGUUGUUCCAGAAUCAAAACCAACUUUGGAAGGUUUUGCAGAAAAGGAUGAUCUUAAAAUCUCUGGAAGAGGUUUGCAAUCAGGAAAGGAUACUGCAGAGGAAAUAUAUAAGAGAACAAGUGACACUGAUUUCAAAGAUUCUGUAAGAGGGAAGGAUGAAAACAUUGUUUCUCCAAUUUCAGAAAGAAAAGAAGAGCAAAUGAGAACAAAAGACGGUAAAUCAGGAAUGCUUGAUGGUGACUCCAGAGAUGGUGUAACAGAGAGAAGGCUUGAAGAGAUAAAAUCAGGUAAAAUUGAAGAGAAGAAAGAUGACUUGUACCCUACAAGUGAAACAACAAAAGACAAGGCUGCAGUCAGAAAAGAUGACACGGUUUCAGAAGAAGACAAAAAGAAAGUAUCACCUCCAGUGACAGAGCCAAUCACGAGAAAAGAAGCAAGAAACUUAGAAGAGGAUAAGAAGAAAGAAAUUACACCAGCAACAGAGCAAAUCAUGAAAAAAGGAGCAAGAGAUUAUAUGGAUGAAAAAGAUGGAAAACUUGUUCCACCUAUAAAAACAGACAAAGUUGAUGAUAGAGUUACACCAGAUCAGUAUGGAAGAGAAGAAGAUUUAGCAACUUCCAAAUCAAAACAGGCUGUAGGGAAGGAUGAUCAACUCCCAAAGAGAAUUGAUGAUAAAGUUACACCAGAUCAGUAUGGAAGAGAAAAGGAUUUGGCAACUUCCAAAUCAAAACAGGCUUUAGGGAAGGAUGAUCAACUCCCAAAGAAAAUUGAUGAUAGAAUAGAUGAUAGAGUUGCACCAGAUCAGUAUGGAAGAGAAGAAGAUUUGGCAACAUCCAAAUCAAAACAGAUUGUAGGAAAGGAUGAUCAAAUCCCAAAGAGAAUUGAUGAUGGAACAGAUGAUAGAGUCACCCCAGAUCAGUAUGGAAGAGAAGAAGAUUUAGCAACUUCCAAAUCAAAACAGGUUGUAGGGAAGGAUGAUCAACUCCCUAAGAGAAUUGAUGAUAAAGUUACACCAGAUCCGUAUGGAAGAGAAGAAGAUUUGGCAACUCCCAAAUCAAAACAGAUUGUAGGAAAGGAUGAUCAAAUCCCAAAGAGAAUUGAUGAUAGAAUAGACGAUAGAGUCACCCCAGAUCAGUAUGGAAGAGAAGAAGAUUUGUCAACUUCCAAAUCAAAACAGAUUGUAGGAAAGGAUGAUCAAAUCCCAAAGAGAAUUGAUGAUAGAAUAGAUGAUAGAGUCACCCCAGAUCAGUAUGGAAGAGAAGAAGAUUUAGCAACUUCCAAAUCGAAACAGGUUGUAGGGAAGGAUGAUCAACUCCCUAAGAGAAUUGAUGAUAAAGUUACACCAGAUCAGUAUGGAAGAGAAGAAGAUUUGGCAACUUCCAAAUCUAAACAGGUUGUAGGGAUGGAUAGUGAUACUCAUCCAUCGAAAGUACCAAGAGGAGUAGCUGAUACAUCUGGAGAAAAAGAAUCUUGAAAAGAGAUGGAGGAGAAACUCUUGUGGAG